UUCCUUCUUCACUGGUACAUUAUCCAUCAGAAGCUGAUGCACAUGCUCAAUAUUUGCAGUUAGCACUUGUUUAAUGGCUCUGCGCAUCGUGCCAAGCAAUGGCUGUCCAGAAUCCAUUUAUCAGUAUUCAUGUGGGUUCACUUAUCGUCUCUACUGCAUUCGCCUCUUUAGCACGACCACAGAAUCAUGCUGCAUGUGCAUCUGGUGUUAACUUGCAUCAUAUUUCCCAGCGUACGAAGAUAGCGCGAAGAAGGAUUGUCUGCAGUGGCAUCGUGACUAGUACCAAGCCUUUGGACAGUCGACCGUGUGGUGCGGGUCAGUUUUUCCGCGGUACGCAUACAAUUGCUGCAUUUGCGCCCAAUGGUGAAACGGUCGAGUAUAACCCCAAAAAUCCCAAGUCGGAGUAACGAGAGAACUAAAAGAGACAAGUUAAUUUGCAAAGUUAGACAUGCCAUCCAAUACAAAUAUGGACCGGGAUACGACGUGCAGCCCUAUGGAAGCUCAGUGUAUAUGGCGAUGCCAGUCCUGCCAAGAAUAGGACAUGGAGACCUAGAUCUUGUUGUGCUCGUGAGUUAUAACUUAUUAGCAGUCAACU